AGAGCUCCGGUUCAUUCUCGAUAUAAAUUCCACUCCUACUCAAUGUGGUACUUCUCUCAACCUUCACUGGAUUUCUACCUGUUUGGCUAGAGUAUGCUAUUUAUCUUGUUAGUUCAGAACUUUCAGGAGCUGAUGCCAAAUCGUCCCAUUAUGUCGAGACGAGAUCAUCCGUAUCACUGGGAGGAGACAUGUCACGUCAUUUUCGCAUGCGAGGUGGCAGAGUUAGUAGCGUAUUACGCCAUAUCUUCCACUCUCACUGUCUACCUUACGACAGUCCUGCAAGAGACCGAGGCCGAGGCAGCCAGAAACUAUAUCAUCUGGGCAGGAACUACGUUUCUUACUCCCAUUAUUGGAGCAUUUGUUGCGGAUGCAUUCUUGAGUCGUUAUUGGACCAUCGUCUGGUCCAUGAUAAUAUAUUUCCUGGCAUUGGUUUGUGUCACGGUCUCCAUGUCCUUCGAGCGAUUCAAACCUCCGACGUGUGAUCAUCAUCUCCUCACCACCAUGUGCGACAAGCCUAGUGUGCCCCAAAGAGUCUUCUUCUAUGGUUCAUUGUACUUGAUGGCCUUAGGAGCGGGAGGAAUCAAGGCAUGUGUGACGGCAUUCUCUGCAGACCAAUUUGACGACACUGAUCCUGGGCAGAAGCAUGAGAGGGCGUCGUUCAUGAAUUGGUGGUGGUUCAGUCUGAGCAUCGAGCGUGUCAUCGACUCGUUGGCCUUCUUCCCUUGGGUGCAGGAACAGUAUGGUUGGGUAUGGGUCGGAGCAAUUCCAGCCGGAAUCGUUGGAUUUGUAACUCUGAGUUUCAUUAUCGCUCAUCCUCUGUACUACCAUCAAACCCCCUCUGGAAGUGCUUUCACAAGAGUUCUCCAGGUUCUGGUGGCUGCUUACAAGAAGAGAAACUUGGAACUGCAACCUGAUCUUCACGAGCUGUUUGACCUGAGCCCGUAUUAUUCAGAAGUUUCCAUAUGUGUUGUUGCUUGACAGAGGUUGAUAUUCAAAGUUCGGAAAGAUCGAUACGUGGCUGAAGACUGAUGAAAAAUUUCUCAUCCAAUCUAACAAUUUUGAGACAUCUAGGCUCGAAGGGACACAUCAGCUACGAAUUCAAUAAAAAGAGCUUUGCGUUUGUAAUACAGCUUUGGAUCAUGUCAGUCACUGACAUGAUCGGAUGGGCACGUAGCCAGCUAACUUUCGUCUAGCCGUCGGCUAGUCGGUUAUCGGCCGAAAAUGCAAUCAACCUCAAUAUUCGGUCGAAAUAUUGAAUAAUUUCGGCCCAAACUGAGUACAUAAUCGGCCGAAAACGUAAAUUCUGUCCGAGUUUACGGGUCGUUUUCGGCCUCGGAUAGAAGUGGCAGUGUUUAUCGGCUAGCCGGCUAACAAA